AUGGCAGACUUGGGGGGUCAGCGUAACCGGAAUUACCGGCCCUAUGGCAAUGGACCUGCCUCGUCCGUGCAGCGGGAUGCUGCGUAUAAUGAUAUCUUCGGGAGCGCUCCCCCUCCAGGACGCUCCCAGACAAUGAACUCGCAAACCCCUCAGUUCAACCAAGGCCGCGCACACACAAUGUCCUCGCAAGUUGUACACCCUCAGUUUCAGCGACCUCCGCCGCCGCCCACUCGUCAAUCAAUGGCAAAUGGCUACGGUCAACCACAGCCUGCGCCUCACAAUGGAUAUUCUCCCGCACCUCCGCAGGCAAAAUAUCAAGCCUACACUCCAGCAAUUGGUUCGGCGUCACCGCAGCCCUCAGCAGCACGUCAAUAUCCUGGUCCUCCGGGCCGCUUCGCCUAUCCCCGACCUCAACGUCUUGACUCGAGACCUGUACCGCCGCCUCAGUAUCCAGACUCUCGCGACCUCGGCCGGCCAAUGCCACCCCCGCUCUAA